UUCAACAAAACAAUAGAAACAUUAGUUGAAAUAUUAAAAUUAAUAUUGUACCCAAAAUUGUGAACUUUCUAUUGUUGAAUACUGCAAGAUUUACGUUUUCGUUUAGGAUAAAGAAAGCACUGUGUAUUAAUUAAAUUUUCAACUUUAAACGAUUUUUAUCAGUUAGAAAAUGUCGAACGAAAAUGGUUUUUUACCAAUUGACAAAACUUAUGGUACUAGAGCAAUGAAUGUUGGGUCAGAAGCAGAACAAUGGAAUUCUUUGGCUAUAGUACCACCAAUUACAUUAUCUGCAGUGUUCAAACAAAAAGCUUCUGGAGAACCACAGGAAUUUUUAUAUGGACGGCUGGGUAAUCCAUCCAGACAAUGCCUAGAAAGAUGUUUAGCUGAUUUGGAAGGUGGUAAAUAUGCAUUUUGUUUUGCUUCUGGAUUAGGAGCUUUGAAUUCUCUUAUGACAAUGUUACGUUCUGGAGAUCAUAUUUUAUGUGGAGAUCUUAUAUAUGGAGGAUCUAGUGAAUUAAUCAAUAAUAUUACUGUACGAGCCGGGGUUGAGGCAACGUAUGUCGAUACUGAGGAUUUGACAAAUGUCGAAAAAGCUGUUAGACCUAAUACGAAAUUAAUCUUCUUGGAGAGUCCAACAAAUCCAACAUUAAAAGUAACUGAUUUAGAAAAAAUCGCAAAAUUUGCAAAAUCAAAAAAUUUAAUUACAUGUGUUGACAACACAUUUUUAACCAGUUACUUUCAAAAACCAUUAAAUUUUGGCAUCGAUAUUGUGAUGCAUUCCUGUACCAAAUACAUAAAUGGCCAUAGUGACGUUACAAUGGGAGUUUUAAUAACUAAUUGUGACAAGAUAAGCAAAGAUUUGGCUUUAAUUCAAGGAGUUGGAGGUAGCGUACCUUCUCCAUUCGAUUGUUUCUUAGUUACACGUAGUUUAAAAACACUGGCUUUACGUAUGGAAGCACAUCAGAAGAAUGGUUUUGCUGUUGCGAAAUUUCUAGAAAAACAUCCGUUAGUUGAGAAAGUUAUACAUCCAGGAUUACCGUCUCAUCCACAAUUCGAAAUAACGAAAAAACAAACUUCUGGUCAUAGUGGAAUAGUUUGUUUUUAUAUAAAAGGUGCAAAAGAAGCGCAUACAAAAAAAUUUUUAAGCUCUCUUAAAAUGUUUGUUCUUGGUGGUAGUAUUGGUGGCCUGAAAGGUUUAGCGGAGAGCCCGGCUCAUAUAAGUCAUAGACAACUUCCAGCUGAAGAAAAAUUAAGAGUUGGAAUAACAGAUAAUUGUAUUCGGUUAUCUGUUGGAAUAGAAUUAGUCGAUGAAUUAAUAGAAGAUAUUGAUCAAGCCCUCAAAGCUGCAUUUGAAUAAAGUUUAUCCAUGAUAAAUUUUUUUAAUAUUGCCAAUAAAAUUAAUUAAUUAUUAUGGAA